UCAUUAAACACUUCCUUCUCCACAGCGCGAAACGUUUUUAGGGCACCUCCAUAUCUUAUCUGUGAAAUUUCGAUAUUAAUUUCUUUCCACAACAUCUAUGGUCGACCAUCAUCCUUGAAAGGGAAACGCUCGGCCGUUUUGCCUCUGGAUAGCAGCCUUAAACUGGCUGCUAACAGCUGCAAGGUCGUUGCUGCGUGACCUAUCCUCUGGAUUUCCAUCAUGGCCGCUUUCGACAACUGGACGAAAUGCAAACUCUGGCUACCUCUCCUCGUUACCUUCGCCUUCACCAUUCGAUCAGGCUUUGCUAUCAAGUGUUGGGAAUGCAAUUCUCGCUAUGACAGAGACUGUGGAGAUCCAUUCAAUAACGCGACCUUCGCCCUUACAGAUUGCAACCAGAGGAACCUCGAGCACUUCCCUCAACAGCAGGCUACUGUGUGUCGGAAAAUCCUCCAGAAGGUGAGAGAUGACUACCGAAUCGUUCGUGGCUGUGGCUUUUUGAACAGUGAGAAAGAAGGUUCAGACUGCUUCAAACGAGCCGGCACUUUCAACGUCCUGAUACAGUACUGUAGUUGUGAUAGUGAUGGGUGCAACGCCGCACCUGGCACCUUUAACCCCCACAGCUGGAUUGGACUGCUUGCAGGAGUUGUUCUGUCCACCAUUAUGAUGAAAGUCAAGUAAACGGCGGUACUCUUCUUGUAGAAAAUGACCAUUCGGAAGCUGGCUAUGCCAGCCAUUAUGUUUUUGCAGGCUGCAAUUAAUAAUCUGUGAAUGUAAAAAAAAAUCAGAUACACGUAUUUAUGUAUGCAGGGGUUUGGUUGAUAGGACAGUUUUAUUGCCAAGUACAAUAGUCACCAACGGUUUUAGUCUCAGCCCUUAUGUUGGUGACGUCACUGACUUACUGCUUUAUUUUAAGUUUUUUUUCUUUUUAACGUUUUCCGUUAAAAUGAUAACGAAUCUAAACGUGUACUGAGAUGCAAAAGCUUCCUCCAACUAAACUAAACAAAUAAUAAUAAUAGUAAAUUUCCCAUUUCAACUUCUUGACAUAGUCUAAAAAUUACUACGUAAAUAAUCUUUAAAAUGCAUAACUUAUAUUCUGCAAUUAUUAUUUCUAUUGUAACAUCACAUCAAAUCACGUGAUGAACUGCGUAAGGUACUGACGUCGCCUAAAAGUCUGCGCAAGAUGAGGAUGGACUACCAUCUUGUUGGAGGAUCUUGUGCCUACUUUUCGCUCACAAGACAUAUUCGUUUCUCGGUUACUAACAAAAGAUCCCCCAUUUCACACGCAUGGCAACAGCAGUAUGGUUUUAGAUAUAUUCGGCAUUUCAUUACAUUAAUCGCGCUGUUUCUAGAUUUAUUUUAGGCAAUAUGAAACGGUUGCUUUUGGAAUACUAAAAAAAUUUGAUUAGUCGAAAGCGAAGCAUACUUAAGAAUUUCCUUUCUAAAUAUAAAUAAUUUAAAGAAAAUUUAGUUCCUAUAUUCAUAAAUUUCUAUACUUUAAAUUAAAAUUUCAUUAAAUUUUACAAAAGGAAGAAUUUUAGUCUGUAAGUUAAACAGAACGUAAGAUCAGUAUGGUUUCACGAAUUAUAAAUGACUCCAUUUUAACAAUCCUGAUUGCCUCACAUGAUUGGAUGUGAAUUGGGAGCAUCUUUUCAUAUACGAGAUAUAAUUUAUUUUUGUUAAAUUCAAAUUUAUUUCAUUUAGAUGUUUGCUGUUAUUGUAUAAUGUUGUUGUUUGGUGAGACUUGCUUGUAAUAUACUUAAAACUGCCUACAAAUGAUUAAGACCAAAAACGGUUAAAUAUCCUUAUUAUUUUCAUCAAAACUUGAAUCGAAAUUCUUUUGUUUUUUAUCACUAUUUUAGACUAGGAAUGCAGAUAAAAGUUCAUAGGAUUCCUAGAAUUAGUGUUUUCAUACACACCAGAAAUUUACAACUCUCAUUUCAACGAAAUUUUUACUUUUUGUGAGAUUUGUUAAUAAUUAUUUCACAUCGUAUUUGUAUUCUGUACCACCAUCACAAAUAUUCUAAUUAAUUUUGCCCUUUAACGGAACAGCAGUAUUAUAAAUUAUUUUAAUUAUUAAAAUUUUCUCGUAGAUCAGUCAUGGAACAUAUUUGAACUAGCACAAACGUCUUCGCGUUUUUUGCCAUGUUUCUCUAGGAAGGACCCUUAAUCGAGGUUGAUUAUAGUGAUUUUGUCAUUUUGUUAGUGAUGCAGCAAUUUACUAAAACUUCUUUUCGUACAGCUCAUUAAAAUCAUCCUUAUUAAAAAUAUUCGCAAAAUAGUUUUUCGUAAAUAGGAUUAAUUUCAGAUUUUGCCCAAUGAUUGCUUUCCUUGAUUCUUCUUGCUUUUUCCGAAGUUACUUUACAAUGAAAGAAUCAAUUGAAAAACAAUUGUGCACCUCGGAAGAAUUUAUAAUUUACAUUAUGUGCAACUUUCAUUAAAAAUUUUAUCACUCAUCGCAGUGUUAACGGUUAACUAUUUAGAAUUUUCUAAUUUCAUGUGUAAAAUUUACGACUAUAGAAUUUACGACAAGCUUACCAAACUUUAAUCAACCUUCCUUGAAAUAUCGUUCCAGAUGAUCAUUUUAUGUUCAUUGACAUAGACAUGAUAUGGAGUUGCCUUAAAUGCACAUAAAAAAAAAAUUCUUCGAAUUAAUUGAUAACGCGCGCACUUGCAUAUAAUUAGUAACUAAAAAAACAUUGAGAGACCUGAUUAUUCUGUGUUACAUGUUGUGUGUUUUAGUUUUUUAAUGUGAAACCACGUUUGAUUAGAAAGAUUAAACAUUUAUUUUUCGUUUAUGUAAUAAAUUCCUUAUUCUGGCAAGUGGAAAAAAAAAAGACCUACGAUAAUUUUUUUCUUGAAUUAGUUACUUCUUUAAAGAAUUUUUUCUUUAAUUCAAUGCAUUUUUUGGAUUUUAAAAUACAGUUACUGAAGAUUUAAAUACCGCUUUACAAGCAUUAAUUUAUGAAUGAUCACAUUCGAAUUGGAUGCCAAAGAAAAAAAAUUAUCUUUUAUGGUUCAUAAACUUUUAUGUUCAAAUUCUAAUGAACUGUGGUUUCUUUUGUUUUGUUAUACUGUGAGUGGCGUUUGAUAUUCUGUCCACUAGAUGGAGCUACAGCUACUUUCCAAAAAAACUUAGUCCUGCGAAGAAAAUGUUAAUUUGCAUAUAUUCUUCGUAGAUAGCGCUGUCACAUGUAAUAUAGACGUUCCACUAUUUGUACAGUUAACUAGUAAUGCAAAGUGUUCCUUUUUCAUGAAGUAUUCAUAUUUUUUCCAGACAAACAAUAUAAUUGAUUAUACCGAGGCGAAAAAUAUGAUUCAAGGAAUUUAAAACAAAUUAAAAAAAUAUUUAUUUAAAAAACUUUUAUAAAUAUCAAUUAAAAAUUUUAAAAUAAUUAAAAAUAAUACUUGAAGGCUAUGAAAUGCUAACAAAUAAGUGGCUUUUAAUUCACAUCACUCAGAUUCGAAAAUAUUUUUUACUCAUAUCAAACUUCGCUGGACAAAAAGCUUUUGAAAUCAUCUAAUAAUUGCUCAAAAAUAACUUUUUAGUGCUCUGUUGAUAAAUGUUCUAGGAAAAUGUUAUAAAACAAUCCAAAAAUCUUGGAAAAGAAUUCUUUUGAACAUUAAUCCCAAAACUACAACUGGAACUGCAAACAAAACUGCAACAUUUCUGGAAUUAACUUUUCUCCCUUUAAUUUAAAAAUCAGCGCUUUUUAUAUUAAAAAAAUUUGGACUAAUAAAUUAACAUUUCAUAACUAGGAGUAAUGUAAGAACAUCUCUACUUUUGAAAUACUUUAUAAUAAAAAUCUAUAAAAAACAUUACAUUAGUAACGGGAGAAAAAGAUUUAUAAAUGCCGUAAAAUUCAAAAUAUUAAUUGCUAAUAAAUGAAAGAAAUGCAUUAAAUUCAUGAAACCUCUAAAAGUAGAGAUUUCUGGACUUUAUAAAAUAUUUUAUAUAAUCAUAUAACUGACGUACAUAAAAGCAUAUAACUGUCGUGUAUAAAUAUUAAAAAGGACUGCUGGUAAAAUCGUCAAUUCUGGGAGCAAUAAUUUUGGAAUAUUUUUCUUUUUAAAAACCAGCAAGCAAUUUACAUAAUAGAAUCUCUCAUUUUAUUAAAAAUCAUUUUAAUAUCUUAAGCAAAUGACAAUAUGAACAAAAAUUUAUAAAGGCUAAUAGUAUUUUCAUAAUGUGAAUAAAUGUUAAUUAGAAAGGAAUAAUUAAUUUUGAAAAGUACCUUUACUAUAAUAAUAUUAAUUAUACAAAUAAUUAAUUUUGGAAUUUAAUAAUUCAUUUUGAAAAGUAAUUUUACUCAAAUUUAAAUAGACAAGAUGGUUUGGUAUUACCUGGUGUAGAUAAAUCGCAGAAUUUUUGGUUAAAUUUAUAAAAACCUGACACGAAAUCUGUAUUGAAAUACAUAAAGAUUCUGUUGCAACAUUUUUGAGCAAAUUAAUAUAUGACCUUUAAGAAUUUUAAAAACAUUCACUUUCUUAAGAACAUGUUUUUCGCCUAAAACAUGUAUAAAAUAUAUAAAUGAAGUUAAACCUUUACUGUGUUGAUGCUAUAAAUUGUGUAUUAUUUUAGUUAUUUGUGAUGUCAUAUGCUAUUAUUAAGUGUUUUUAAUUUUUAUAUGGGCAUGUAUUAUUCAUUUAUUUAUCCAACAGUGAACAUGUUACAUAUAAAAACAGCAUGCAGGAUGAGGCCAGUAAAAAAAAAAGGAAAAAAGGAAAAAGGAACAAAAAAAAAAAAAAAAAAAAAAAAAAAAAAAAAAGACGAAUAUGAUGAUUUUCCCAUUUGUUACGUCAUGGCUGAUAACGAAAAUAUUAUUUUAUUACUAAAUUGUAAUAUCAGUGAAAAUUUGCGCAAAGUGUAUAAUAACAUAUAUGUAUUAAAUUCCUUAUUAUUUUACUUUCCUUUCCUUUUAAAGUUUUCUUAAACGCCUUCGAAAAUUUUCGCAAAAUGCAUUUUAGAUUUACUAGCUGGAAGUAUAUAUAAUAUUGGAUAGAACGAUAUAUAACAAUGUUAACACAAAUAUAACCAUUUACUAUACAGCAUAAUUCUUUUAAUUUUGAUCGCACAAACUGUGACUAUUGCAUAUUUGUAGUCUCUAGCUGGAUUUAGAAAUUUGUUUUUAUUUUAUUAUAAAUUUCUGGAAGUUAAUUUGUGAACAAAGGUAGGAAAAACCUACCUUUUGAAUUGCGGAUUACAAUCAACUAAUUACCAGGCUAAAAUAUUUCGAGUAAGCUAAUCAAUUUACAAAGACACGCAUUUCAUUUGCAGAAUAUAUUGCAUUCAUCACAGUUUUAAUUUUAAGGAACAGACGAUUUUUUGUAUUGUUUUCUUCACUAAUGUUUAAUUGCCAGAAUACCUCCAUUAAAAAUUUUAAAAUAUUUAUAUUUCCUUCGUAUUCCAGUGGCAACAUAGCGGUUGCCUGAAAUAUAAAAGCGUAGUUUUUGAAAAAGCAACAUGCAAGUAGUCCUGUUACAAGUAAUAUAAUAUUAUGCUUAAAUUUCACGUUGAAGAACUUCAAAUAAACAAUCAGCAGGUGAAAUAUAAAAAUAUUUCCUGCGUUGCUACUUUAUUUAAUAAAGUGAAAUCAUAUUUUAAAAAUGUAAUAAUAUUUAUCAAAUUAUUAAAAAUUAUUGCUUUUCAUGAAUUGAAAGCGCAAUAGAUUUAUCCUUUAAUGUCGUAAUGAAUGAAAUAUUAGACAUUCUGUGACUGACUGUGCACGUUUUUCUACACCUGAAGAACAUUUUUUUUAUGUUUGAGAUUCGGCAACAAGAAAAGUGAAUUGAUGGCGGAAGUGGCACUCCUUUUUCCUUCAGUGGAACUCGCCCAAGUAAUUGAGAUCGAAAACAUAACGCUUUCUUGAUACAAUCUGGAACAACGCGCGUAUGUUUGAAACUUAAUUUUCAAUUUUGAUUUUUGGCUGCGAUUUUGUAUUUGAUUUCUACUCUUCAGGUGUGAACAACGUAGCACAGAAAUCGGAAAAUACUGACCUUACAAUUAAUAUAAUUCUAUCUCGGUUUCACGAGAAAAAAACUGUGGCUUCGAAAGCGAACUUCGGUAUGCAAACCCGCCUGAAGCAUUAUAAUAAAGAACAGUGUGUAUUCGCGUCUUUAAUAAAACGUGGUUAGUUUAAAGUGCAACGAAAUAGUCAAAGAAAUAAUGUAAUAAGAAAUGUUCUCUAAUUCGAAAAUUGAAAUCGUUUGAGUGUUAUUUACUGAAUUAUCACUCAUUACAGCUGGAAUUCUGGCAGCACGAAUUGUAGUGCAGGUUUCUGCGUGACGACCUAUUCAUUAUUUUGCUGGUAUAUAGCAUGAUGAGUUAUUCUAAAUGCUUGGUGUACUUUACAGAUAAUGAUAAUUAUUUUUCCUCAGUAAAGAUGUGAUUUGAAAGGUAAGAGUAAGAUCCUGGAGUUGAAAGACAUUCCAAUUUCUGCAACAUUGAAUGCUGUAUUUGUGCAUUUUAUUUUACAUCUACUUUUCUCAAAGACGCGCGACAAUGUGUUCUAGCUCUACACAUUUCCGAGAGAGCGUUUUUUAACAGCACGCGUUCGAUCGUGGCGAGCUUCUUUGUUGGAUGAGAGGCGCCAUUUUCAAAUGCCAUAGAAUGCCAUUUUGAUUUACUUUCUUCCCCGUAGUCUUUAGAUAUCUAGAAAUUCUCCUCCAUCUCCAGGAUCUUAUGAGAAAAACUGAGGCUGCAGCAUUUUAUUAGUAUCCAAAUUUUAUAAUCGUCACGAUCUUUUCAAGAAAUUCUAUAUUAACUGGGCGAAAUCUGCGCCCUAAUAAAAUGGCGAAAGGUUGUCAUAAGUACACUGUUCAGUUAAGCACUUCUUAUCAUAUUGAGAAGCUGAGAAAGAAUAUGCAAAUUCUAUACUUGAAAUAUCUUAAUACAUAAACUUUAAAGAGUAAUUAAAUAAUUCUAUUUUGGUGUGAAAGAAUGUUUUACUUCGAAAACAGACAGCUUUUUUGAAUUGUAAAGACAAAGGUCUAAGGCUUAAGACUAAGAAUUUAACUAUAGCUAUUUUUACUAAAUGAAUAACGCGAGAAAUAUCUGAGUCUUCUAAAUUCGUACGUAGCAAUGUAAAAGGAAUUUUUCAUGCUACUGAGAUAAACUUCUGUAUACAGGACUAACGAAGAAAAAUUCUUGAUGAAUGCAAAUAUUCUUUCCGAUUCGGAUCAAGCAUUUUAAUACACUAUUCUAUGAUAUUAUCCAGAAAAAUUUCCUAUUAAAUAUUCACAAAACUGUUAAAUAUUUAGAAUUUUUGCUACCUUCUAACUAUAUAGGAAAGUUCUACUGUAAAUAACUGCAAACAAAAAAAAAAAAAAAAAAAAAAAAAAAAAA